AUGCCCAAGGAGGAAGAUGAGAAGUGGGUGCAGGAUUACUGCAUGCAGGUUGGCAAUGCUUACAUCAUCGUUUACUCCAUCACCGACCGCAGCAGCUUUGAGAGCGCAUCGGAGUUACGAAUCCAGUUGCGUCGCAUCCGGCAGGCUGAAAACAUUCCCAUCAUCCUUGUGGGCAACAAAAGUGACUUAGUGCGAUCUCGAGAGGUGGCAGUGGAAGAGGGUCGGGCUUGUGCGGUGGUAUUUGACUGCAAGUUCAUAGAAACCUCUGCCUCUCUCCACCACAACGUUCACGAGCUCUUUGAGGGCAUUGUGAGGCAGAUCCGACUGCGGCGAGACAGCAAAGAGAUCAAUGAGCGCCGACGCUCCAUCUACAAGCGAAAAGAGAGCAUCACCAAGACAGCCAGACGCUUCCUAGAUCGACUUGUAGCCAAGAACAACAAGAAGAUGGCCCUGAAAGUGCGCUCCAAGUCCUGUCAUGACCUUGCAGUGCUGUGAAACCCACAGAUCACUCUUAGUCCUUCAGCUCUGGGUUUCUUUGUUUUCUGUUCAUAAGACAAAAGAGGAUUUGUCUUUCUGAUAAGACUUCUUUUAAAGUUGAACAUUAAUUCACAUUUAUUUAUUUCAAAAUCUAGCAUUAACAACUUUUUUAUUGACUCCCCUGAAGAUCUUGAGGUUUUGCUCAUUGUUCUUAAUCUUACCCCAUAGAUCAAAUUUUUGAUAGAUGUUUGAAUUAAAUCAAAGGUUUAUUACUAUAUAUCACCAAUUAAGUGGACUUUUUGUAUUGAACAUUUUAUCAAUGUUUGCCUUAUUUGACAAACUGAAUAGGCAAUAGCAUUAAUUAACAAGCAAUAUUUAUUAUUUAUUGUUGUUUGUGUUUUCCUUCAAAAUUAUCAUUUCACCUUAUUGUUUUUUCUAACAAAGGAAGAAUUUUGUAUACACUGAAAGACAUUAGCUAUGAGAAAAGCACUGCCCAGUGGAAAAGUUAAAGUAGACACAGCUAAAACCAAUCUUAGUUUUUUUUCUUACAAGUUUAUUCUGUUAAAGCAAAAAA